AUGACCAAACUGCAGCUGUUGAAUGCUUACCUGACAGAACGUUUAACGGUAGUGGUGCGGGAGAUUCUGGACGUGGUCGGGGACACAGUGGCGGAGUACCGAGAAGAGACGGAUAGGACGAAGAGAGAGAAUGAAAGCGCGAAGAGAGAAAAUGAAAGCCUGCGGCGACAGCUCCGGGACAUCCUACUCUUGGCGGAGACAGACUGGCGUAAGAACAUUUUGUUGGAUUAUACUCAUUUAAUGAUCAUGCAGAAAUUAGUUGGAAACCUGUCAACUAGCUAGCUACUUUGGGUGACGUCUUUCUGUUUGUCUGACGACGAUUUACAGUAACUUUACGUUGGCUCGUGAGAAGUGCCCGAAUACCAAACAUGAACAAAUAUUAUGAUUAAUUACGAUGUCAUACAUAUUUACUAAAUUUCUGAAUUAUUUAGUGACAGCACUUUGUUUUUGCACCCUCUUUCUAUGCAGGAUCCACCACCCUUUCUCUCUCUGGACAGCAGCAACUCUGUGAACAAGAGUGGAGCUCCAGUCAGGAACAGGACCCAGAGCCCCUGCAGCAGAGCCAGGUCAACAGACACGGGCUACAGGCACAGACCCAGGUAGCGUUGGGUCAGGAUGGGGGUCUCACAGGACCAAACCAUGGACACACUGAAGCGGUCAGAGUAGAAGAGAAGCCCAGUCCAGGGGAGGCAAUCCCAAAGUCUGAGCUCAACUCAGACUCAGAACCCAAGGGUUUUGGAAACAACUCAUCCUUGGCCCCGUCUCCAUUCUCCUCCAAUGCCCACUGUGCCACAACAACGGGAGCAGCCAACGCUGAAGUGCCAGUCCUUAGGACAGAGAGAAAGAGGUCCUCUCCCAUCGACCCAAUCCAGGGACGGAUCAAAAUGGAACCCAAGGAAUGCGAUGUCACAGUGAACCUCACCAACCAUAAACCUAAAUCCAGUUCAGGCUACACAGGUCAUCCUAUAAUACUACUACCCCACAACCAUGAACUCUCAGGCGACGCUGGCUUCAAAGACCUUCCAGAUAUGGACAUCUCUGAGCGCCAUAACACACCCGUACAUGACCAGCAAACACAUGAAACAGAGCCUGGGCCCAAGGACGGGGCGUUGCCAUACAACGAGAGUAACAACUUCACCCCCACCGACCACCAGGAGGGGCACCCACACCGCUGCACCCGCUGUGGGGAGAGUUUCAGCCAGGCGGCCAGCCUCCACCUCCACCUCCAGUACAAGAAGCCCUACGCCUGUGACUGGUGCUGUAAGUCCUUCGCCCAGUCGGCUGACCUGCGGCGCCACCACCGCAUCCACACGGGGGAGAGGCCCCACCGCUGCUCCUGGUGCUCCAAAAGCUUUACCCAGAGAGGCAACCUGAGACGACACCUGAGGUUGGCAUACAUUAUUAUGUUGUAUUAUUAUACAGUGAGCUCCAAAAGUAUUGGGACAGUGACACAUAUUGUUGUUUUGGCUCUGUACUCCAGCACUUUGGAUUUGAAGUAAUACAAUGACUAUAAGUUACACUGCAGACUGUCAGCUUUAAUUUAAGGGUAUAUUCAUCCAUAUUGGGUGAACCAUUUAGAAAUUACAGCACUUUCUGUACAUAUUCCCCAUUUUAGGGGACCAAAAGUAUUGGGACAAAUUCACUUAUGUGUAUUAGAGUAGUCAAAAGUUUAGUAUUUGGUCCCAUAUUCCUAGCACGCAAUGAUUACAUCAAGCUUGUGACUCUACAAACUUGUUGGAUGCAUUUUCUGUUUGUUUUUUCAUUUUUGUUUCAGAUUAUUUUGUGGCCAAUAGAAAUGAAUGGUAAAUAAUGUAUUGUGUCAUUUUGGAGUCAAUAUACACUAUCGUUCAAAAGUUUGGGGUCACUUAGAAAUGUCCUUGUUUUCGAAAGAAAAUCAAUUUUUUUGUCCAUUAAAAUAACAUCAAAUUGAUCAGAAAUAGUGUAGACAUUGUUAAUGUUGUAAAUGGCUAUUGUAGCUGGAAACAGCUGAUUGUUAAUGGAAUAUCUACAUAGGUGUACAGAGGCCCAUUAUCAGCAACCAUCAGUCCUGUGUUCCAAUGGCACGUUGUGUUUGCUAAUCCAAGUUUAUCAUUUUAAAAGGCUAAUUGAUCAUUAGAAAACCAUUUUGCAAUUAUGUUAGCACAGCUGAAAACUGUUAUGCUGAUUAAAGAAGCAAUAAAAUACAACGCUGUGUACUACUCCCUUCACAGAACAGCGCAAACUUGCUCUAACCAGAAUAGAAAGAGGAGUGGGAGGCCCCGGUGCACAACUGAGCAAGAGCACAAAUGAGCAAGAGCACAAAUACAUUAGAUUGUCUAGUUUGAGAAACAGAUGCCUCACAGGUCCUCAACUGGCAGCUUCAUUAAAUAGUACCCGCAAAAAACACCAGUCUCAACGUCAACAGUGAAGAGGCGACUCCGGGAUGCUGACCUAGGCAGAGGUGCCAUUGGAACACAGGACUGAUGGUUGCUGAUAAUGGGCCUCUGUACGCCUAUGUAGAUAUUCCAUAAAAAAUCAGCUGUUUCCAGUUACAAUAGCCAUUUACAACAUUAACAAUGUCUACACCGUAUUUCUGAUCAAUUUGAUGCAAUUUUUUUGUCCAUUAAAAUAACUUUUCUUUCGAAAACAAGGAGAUUUCUAAGUGACCGCAAACUUUUGAACGGUAGUGUAUUUAUUGGUCAAUAAGAAUAUAAUAUGUUUCUAAACAGCUGUCUAUCUUUACAUAAAAGCUAAGUACUGACUCUGUGGCUGGGUCAUGGGUCAUGGGCCUGGGCAUUGGGCAGGUAUGGCAAUAUGGGCUACAGUGGGGAGAAGAAGUAUUUGAUACGCUGCCGAUUUUGCAGGUUUUCCUACUUACAAAGCAUGUAUAGGUCUGUAAUUUUUAUCAUAGGUACACUUCAACUGUGAGAGACGGAAUCUAAAACAAAAAUCCAGAAAAUCACAUUGUAUGAUUUUUAAGUAAUUAAUUAGCAUUUUAUUGCAUGACAUAAGUAUUUGAUCACCUACCAACCAGUAAGAAUUCCGGCUCUCACAGACCUGUUAGUUUUUCUUUAAGAAGCCCUCCUGUUCUCCACUCAUUACCUGUAUUAACUGCACCUGUUUGAACUUGUUACCUGUAUAAAAGGCACCUGUCCACACACUCAAUCAAACAGACUCCUACCUCUCCACAAUGGCCAAGACCAGAGAGCUGUGUAAGGACAUCAGGGAUAAAAUUGUAGACCUGCACAAGGCUGGGAUGGGCUACAGGACAAUAGGCAAGCAGCUUGGUGAGAAGGCAACAACUGUUGGCGCAAUUAUUAGAAAAUGGAAGAAGUUCAAGAUUACGGUCAAUCACCCUCGGUCUGGGGCUCCAUGCAAGAUCUCACCUCGUGGGGCAUGAAUGAUCAUGAGGAAGGUGAGGGAUCAGCCCAGAACUACACGGCAGGACCUGGUCAAUGCCCUGAAGAGAGCUGGGACCACAGUCUCAAAGAAAACCAUUAGUAACACACUACGCCGUCAUGGAUUAAAAUCCUGCAGCACACGCAAGGUCCCCCUGCUCAAGCCAGCGCAUGUCCAGGCCCGUCUGAAGUUUGCCAAUGACCAUCUGGAUGAUCCAGAGGAGGAAUGGGAGAAGGUCAUGUGGUCUGAUGAGACAAAAAUAGAGCUUUUUGGUCUAAACUCCACUCGCCAUAUUUGGAGGAAGAAGAAGGAUGAGUACAACCCCAAGAACACCAUCCCAACCGUGAAGCAUGGAGGUGGAAACAUCAUUCUUUGGGGAUGCUUUUCUGCAAAGGGGACAGGACGACUGCACCGUAUUGUGGGGAGGAUGGAUUGGGUCAUGUAUUGCGAGAUCUUGGCCAACAACCUCCUUCCCUCAGUAAGAGCAUUGAAGAUGGGUCAUGGCUGGGUCUUCCAGCAUGACAACGACCCGAAACACACAGCCAGGGCAACUAAGGAGUGGCUCCGUAAGAAGCAUCUCAAGGUCCUGGAGUGGCGUAGCCAGUCUCCAGACCUGAACCCAAUAGAAAAUCUUUGGAGGGAGCUAAAAGUCUGUAUUGUCCAGCGACAGCCCCGAAACCUGAAGGAUCUGGAGAAGGUCUGUAUGGAGUGGGCCAGUGUGUGCAAACCUGGUCAAGACCUACAGGAAACAUAUGAUCUCUGUAAUUGCAAACAAAGGUUUCUGUACAAAAUAUUAAGUUCUGCUUUUCUGAUGUAUCAAAUACUUUUGUCAUGCAAUAAAAUGCAAAUUAAUUACUUAAAAAUCAUACAAUGUGAUUUUCUGCAUUUUUGUUUUAGAUUCCGUCUCUCACAGUUGAAGUGUACCUAUGAUAAAAAUUACAGACCUCUACAUGCUUUGUAAGUAGGAAAACCUGCAAAAUCGGCAGUGUAUCAAAUACUUGUUCUCCCCACUGUAUAUAGGUUUUAGGCCUAUGACAACUUGUCCUCCAUUGAAUGUUGAUUACCUGGUUCAUCCCUAUCACCAGGGCCGGCUCCAGGCAUAAGCAACAAAAGCACCGCAGUUGGGGUCUCAACUUACUAUUGAGAGUUAGAAUAGUAGAAUCUCUGUAGCUCAAUUGGUAGAGCAUGGCGCUUGUAACGCCAGGGUAGUGGGUUCAAUCCCCGGGACCACCCAUACAUAACAAUGUAUGCACACAUGACUGUAAGUCACUUUGGAUAAAAGCGUCUGCUAAAUGGCAUAUUAUUAUUAUUAUUAUUAUUAUAGAAUACAUAAGGUGCAAGUUAGAAAUUUGGUUGUGCAUCAGCAAUUUGUCUCUUGUUAUGUCAUCACUGACAGUCACUCAAUUAGCCAUGUCAGCUAACAAUUUUUAGAUUGGUAAAUUAGUCUACCAAGCUAUCUAAACUUGUAGUAAUCAUGGCCAACUACCGACCAGCCACGCAGGGCACGUGCCCAGGGGCUCUGACCUCCAGGUGGCCCCCAUUGAUUUUGUUAGUCACUCUCACUCAGAUAUCAUUAACAUUGCAUAAGUCAUGGCAAAAAGUGUAGAAUUGCAGGAAAUGUACUUUAAAACUGAAAACAAUUAUGGCAAAAGUGGUAGAAUUCAAGCAAAUUUGCUGUAAAACUGGAAACAUUUUUCUCUUUGCCCCAUGGCAAAAGGAGUAGAAUUAAUGUGGAUGCUUACUAUCCGUAAUCAUGGUAGCAUGUGUUUAGAAACAUAUUCUAUUCUUAUUUACAAUAAAAGUGACUCCAAAACAACACAAUACAUUACCAUUCAUUUCUAUUGGCCACAAAAUAAUCUGACACACAACCAAAACAAACAGCAAAUGCAUCCAACAAGUUUGUAGAGUCAUAAGCUUGCUGUAAUCAUUGCGUGCUAGGAAUAUGGGACCAAAUACUACACUUUUGACUACUUUAAUACACAUAAGUGAAUUUGUCCCAAUACUUUUGGUCCCCUAAAAUGGGGGGGGACUAUGUACAGAAAGUGCUGUAAUUUCUAAACGGUUCACCCGAUAUGGAUGAAAAUACCAUCUAAUUAAAAGCUGACAGUCGACACUUUAACCUCAGUCAUUGUAUCAUUUCAAAUCCCAAGUGCUGGAGUACAGAGCCAAAACAACAAAAAAUGUGUCACUGUCCCAAUAGUUUUGUAGCUCACUGUAUAUUGUAGUGAAUUUAGGCGGUAGCCCUGACCAGCGACUGUCAAUCCAACACCUUAGCCGUUACGCCAAAAAAACCAAACCUCUUAACGAGGUUUCUAGGUGUUGGGUUAUAGUCUCUUCACUCCAUUUAUAUAUAUAUAUAUAUUUUUUUUUAAAAAUACUUAUUAUAUAUUAUAGGAUCCACACCGGUGAGAGACCCUACAGCUGCCCCUACUGCCACAGGACCUUCAGCGACGGAGACACCAUGAAGAAGCACAAACGGACUCACUCUGGGGAGAAACCCUAUCGCUGUGUCCAGUGUCCCAAGAGCUUCACCGUGGCCAGCGGCCUGCGGGUACACCUGAACACACACCUGACAGAUGCAGGGCAGCUCAUCACAUGAGGAGGACAAUGCGCUAACUAAUCAGCUGCUACUGAAUCAGCUACACCUUUUCAAACAUAGGAGGACAUGAAGGGAUUGUGAAACGUUGAAGUGUUUUAGCCAUAGGAAUAUUUCCUAAAUGUAUUUAUUGGGAUAAAUAAAAACAGUGCAGUAGAAAACUAAUGGAUAAUGUCAUCUUGGCUGAUGUUUCCAGCUUGAUUGAAGAGUGUGUGUCUGUGAAAAUGAAUUAAAUCAGUCCAUCAUUGAAUUAUUAAAAUCACAUGUCUGAUUCUGUAUUUCUUUUGUGUUAAAGUUGAACCAUCUUUCAGGUAGUUUUUUUUCCAAAAGGAAGAUGCCAGAUGCUUUACUCACAUCACCUUCACUCAAGAUAUGUAUUAAUAUACUCAUUAAUAAGGGUGCAAAACUAACAGUAGAUCUUAAGUAGAAAACCCCUUUAAUAAAACUCUUGCCUCCCCUUUUUCAUGAAUUACGGUACCGUUUUUAUCACAUGACCAAGGAGCGUUAAAGAACCAGGAAGUGAAUGCUUUCGCGGAGAUGUUUACAAAACAGUCUAGCUCGGGUCGUUAUUAGGCAGCUUUCAGUGGAUUUUAACAAAUAUUUGGGGCAGGCUAAUUUCUGGAAAAUGGCUAAACUACAGCUUUUGAAUGCUUACCUCACUCAGCGGUUAAUGGUGGCUGUAGAUGAGAUACUGGAGGUGGUCGGGGGGACAGUGUCAGAAUUCGAGGAGGAGACUGCCCGGACGAAGAGAGAGAAUGAACUCUUAAAACGAAGGCUACGAGAAGUUGGACUCGACACGGACACGGAGUGUUCAGCAGGUGAUGAUGCUAAUGGCUCUUUGUUUAUUGUCUGAAAAAUGUAACCUCUCCUCAUCUCUCCUUUAUUUGCACUCAUCUGAGAAAAAAAAUACAAGUGAGAGCCAGAUGAUCUCUGUUUUCACCUGUCAAGUCUUUCACUCAGUGUAGAUAAAGGGGAGGACACGCAGGUUUUCUAGAAGAUUAUGAUAUGGGGCAUUUGGACAGUCUCAAGCCCAGUAGAUAACCACAUUACCCAAACAAGCUCAUUCUACAGAAUGCUUGAAAACUCAAGUCUGGGUCAUUGCUUGUGUAGUUGUUUGAACGUAAUCAAGCUGAUUUUUCUUUAUUUUCCGUCUGUCCAUCCAGUCUCGACCAGGCCUGUUUCUCUCUCUGUGUCUGGGCAGCACCAGUGGAGCUCUGACCAGAGUCCAGACCCUGAAUCUACACAGACCCAGAACCACAUGGUAAUGAGGCAGGAUGAGAUGCCUGCCACACAUAGCCAGCUACCCACAGACUGCACCGAGUGGAAGAAUCUGUGUAGCUCUCCACGUACCCUGUCCUCGCAACAGACCGAUACAUCAGCUACCACCCCAGUAGUAGCUCCAUUGACUUCAGCGUCUGUGAAAAGGGACUUGGACGAAGAAGACGACCAGCAUCUCCUUCCCUCUGCAAAUCCCUUCAGCAGCACAUCAUGCCCCGUGGACAGAGUGGUUUUACACUAUAACUCUGAGGGCAUCAAAACAGAGCCUAGUGAUACUAGCCCUACUGACUUGGGGUCAGUAUCUGCUCAGAUGGGGUAUGGUGAACUAAACCCCAGUUCGGACCCUGGACCAGCCACUGUUGAAACCAGAUACACUGUCUCAGACCUGAGUGCUGACCUGGAGUCAGUGGUUGCAGAGAGCAGACGAUAUGGUGCCUCCACUGCCUCGGGCAUCCCCACUGACCUGGUAUCAGCUAGUGCUGCCAUGAUCCCAGACGGCUUUUUCCGUCAGAUUGGCAGCGAUGGUUGUGUAACAACAGGGCCAGAACUAGACUUCGGGGACGCCACCACCACAGGUACCGUAGGUCCCUUGACAUCCUUGUUAUACCCGGGUCAAACCAGACGUCAACAACAAACAAAUAGAUCAACAAAUAGGGGUCAUCAACAAAUAAACAGGUCCACAAACAACAGGGAUCAACAACAAACAAACAACAGGGGGGAUCAGAGGUCCCACCCGUGCCCUCAGUGUGGUAAGAGAUUCAGUCACGUCUCACGUCUCAAGAUCCACCUCCGCAUUCACACAGGGGAGAAGCCGUACGUUUGUGCACUGUGUGGCAAGCGAUUCAACAACGAUGGCACACUGAGGAACCACCGACGCGUUCACACGGAGCUGCGGCUGUAUGACUGCCCUGUCUGCGGCAUGAGCUUCAAGGACGCCUACACGUGUAGGAAGCACCAGCGCGUUCAUAAUGGAAUGCAGCCUGCGAGGCGGGGCCCACUGAGCUUGUGUGCAAGCUUCAGUGAGGCGGUAGCUGGCCAAACACCAGGACCAUGUGUCGAUAUUGGAGAUGGCAGUACACCUACAGGGGAAAAAAGUUUUAGUCACCACAUUGUGCAGUUCUCCCACUUAAAAGAUGAGAGAGGCCUGUAAUUUUCAUCAUAGGUACCGUCAACUAUACAGACAAAUUAGAAAAAAAAUCAGAAAAUCACAUUGUAGGAUUUGUAAUAUUAUUCAAUAUGGUGGAAAAUAAGUAUUUGGUCAUAACAAAAGUUUCUCAAUCUUUGGGGUUUUAUAUUACCGCUUUGUUCCUCCCGAACUUCAAGAUUGGGGGGGUUUUUCCGGGCCCGAUUUCCCCCCCCCAAAGAUUUUCUUGGGGGAUCGGGCGGCUGGCCACCCCGGGGCCUUAACUUUUUUCCCCCGACUUUUUGGCCCGGGGCGGGGUUUUUUAACAGCUUGAAAGACCCCACGCAUCUUCUGCCCGCGUGGGGGUUUUCACAAAACCCGCAUCCCCUUCAUUUUUUUCUUUAAGGGGGUUCUCCUUCUUUUGAAAAAAGCCCCAAAAAUGUUUUCCACCCCCAUGGUCCUUUGGAGGGCGGGUGUUUUCCCUUUUUCCCCCAAAAAGAGUUUUGGUUUUUACCAAAAAGCAUUUUGUUUCAAAAGACCAAUUUAAUUUCCCCUUUUUGGUCAUCCAAUGCAUCUCCCAAAAAUCCGGGUAAUGUCUGGGAAAAAGGGGGGAAAUCUGGCCUGAGAGGGAAACCCCCGGGGGCAAAUUGACUUGGGGCUUUUUUAUUUGGCCCGUCUUGGGCCCUUUUAUAGGUUUCCCCCCCGUUUCUGGGUUUUUUGUUCUUUGGGUCUUUUUACCCAGGGGGGAGACUUGCGUGGGGCCCCAAAACGGGGAAUUACAGUGGUCUUGUUGUCUUCCUUUCCUAAUAAAUUGCUCCCCCGUUUGUUCUUCAAACCAAAGGCCCUUUGUAGCAUGAUAUUCCUAAUGAUUAUUGGAUGAAUAAGAAGAGUGCAGUAGAAAACUAAUGGAUAAUGUCAUCUUGACUGAUGUUUCCAGCUUGAUUGAAGAGUGUGUGUCUGUGAAAAUGAAUUUAAUCAGUCCAUCACCUACCGAGUGGCGCAGUGGUCUAAGGCACUGCAUCGCAGUGCUAGCUGUGCCACUAGAGAUCCUGGUUCGAAUCCAGGCUCUGUCGUAGCCGGCCUCGACCGGGAGACCCAUGGGGCGGCGCACAAUUGGCCCAGCGUCGUCCAGGGUAGGGGAGGGAAUGGCCGGCAGGGAUGUAGCUCAGUUGGUAGAGCAUGGUGUUUGCAACGCCAUGGUUGUGGGUUUGUUUCCACCGGGGGGCCAGUAUGAAAAAUAAAAAAUAAUGUUUGCACUCACUAACUGUAAGUCGCUCUGGAUAAGAGCGUCUGUGGGUUCGUUUCCACCGGGGGGGCAGUAUGAAAAAUAGCUAAAUGACUAAAAUCAAUCAUUGAAUUAUUAAAAUCACAUGUCUGAUUCUGUAUUUAUUUUGUGUUAAAGUUUAACCAUCUUUCAGGUUCUUUAUUUCCAAAAGGAAGAUGCCAGAUGCUUUUCUCACAUCACCUUCACUCAAGAUAUUUAUUAAUAUACUCAUUAAUAAGGGUGCAAAACUAACAGUAGAUCUUAAGUAGAAAACCCCUUUAAUAAAACUCUUGCCUCCCCUUUUUCAUGAAUUACGGUAGCGUUUUUAUCACAUGACCAAGGAGCGUUAAAGAACCAGGAAGUGAAUGCUUUCGCGGAGAUGUUUACAAAACAGUCUAGCUUGGGUCGUUACUAGGCAGAUUUCAUUGGAUUUUAACAAAUAUUUUGGGCAUGCUAAUUUCUGGAAAAUGGCUAAACUACAGCUUUUGAAUGCUUACCUCACCGAGCGGUUAAUGGUGGCUGUAGAUGAGAUACUGGAGGUGGUCGGGGGGACAGUGUCAGAAUUCGAGGAGGAGACUGCCCGGACGAAGAGAGAGAAUGAACUCUUAAAACGAAGGCUACGAGAAGUUGGACUCGACACGGGAACGGAGUGUUCAGCAGGUGAUAAUGCUAAUGGCUCUUUGUCUAUUGUCUGAAAAAUGUAACCUCUCCUCAUCUCUCCUUUAUUUGCACUCAUCUGGGAAAAAAAAAAAAAAGACCAAGUGAAAGCCAGAUGAUCUCUGCUCCCCAUACUGUUUUCACCUGUCAAGUCUUUCACUCAGUGUAGAUAAAGGGGAGGAGACGCAGGUUUUUCUAGAAGAUUAUGAUAUGGGGCAUUUGGACAGGCUCAAGCCCAGUAGAUAACCACAUUACCCAAACAAUCUCAUCCUACAGAAUGCUUGAAAACUAAUGUCUGGGUCGUUGCUUGUGUAGUUGUUUGAACUUAAUCAAGCUGAUUUCUCUCUAUUUUCUGUCUGUUUGACGGUCUGUCUGUCCAUCCAGUCUCGACCAGGCCUGUUUCUCUCUCUGUGUCUGGGCAGCACCAGUGGAGCUCCGACCAGAGUCCAGACCCUGAGUCUACACAGACCCAGAACCACAUGGUAAUGAGCCAAGAUGAGAUGCCUGCCACACAUAGCCAGCUACCCACAGACUGCACCGAGUGGAAGAGUCUGUGUAGCUCUCCACGUACCCUGUCCUUGCAACAGACCGAUACAUCAGCUACCACCCCAGUAGUAGCUCCAUUGACUUCAGCGUCUGUGAAAAGGGACUUGGACGAAGAAGACGACCAGCAUCUCCUUCCCUCUGCAAAUCCCUUGAGCAGCACAUCAUGCCCCGUGGACAGAGUGGUUUUACACUAUAACUCUGAGGGCAUCAAAACAGAGCCUAGUGAAGCUAGCCCUACUGACUUGGGGUCAGUAUCUGCUCAGAUGGGGUAUGGUGAACUAAACCCCAGUUCGGACCCUGGACCAGCCACUGUUGAAACCAGAUACACUGUCUCAGACCUGAGUGCUGACUUGGAGUCAGUGGUUGCAGAGAGCAGACGAUAUGGUGCCUCCACUGCCUCGGGCGUCCCCACUGACCUGGUAUCAGCUAGUGCUGCCAUGAUACCAGACGGCUUUUUCCGUCAGAUUGGCAGCGAUGGUUGUGUAACAACAGGGACAGAACUAGACUUUGGAGACGCCACCACCACCGGUACCGUAGGUCCCUUGAUAUCCCUGUUCUACCCGGGUCAAAUCAGACGUCAACCACAAACAAAUAGAUCAACAAAUAGGGGUCAUCAACAAUUAAACAGGUCCACAAACAACAGGGGUCAACAACAAACAAACAACAGGGGGGAUCAGAGGUCCCACCCGUGCCCUCAGUGUGGUAAGAUAUUCAGUCACGUCUCACGUCUCAAGAUCCACCUCCGCAUUCACACAGGGGAGAAGCCAUACGUUUGUGCACUGUGUGGCAAGCGAUUCAACAACGAUGGCACACUGAGGAACCACCGACGCGUUCACACGGAGCUGCGGCUGUAUGGCUGCCCUGUCUGCGGCAUGAGCUUCAAGGACGCCUACACGUGUAGGAAGCACCAGCGCGUUCAUAAUGGAAUGCAGCCUGCCGGAGGCGGGGCCCACACCUGAAGCUUGUGUGGCAAGGCUUUCAGUGAGGAGGCUAAGCUGGCCAAACACAUCAGGACUCAUGUGUCAGACAUUGGAUGAUGGCUGUACAACCUAUAAAGGCUUUUUAUAGCAUACAUAAAGACUUUAUAAGCACUAUAUAAAUGCUUCACAAAUAAUCUAUAAGCGUAUGUCCUACGCUAUAAAUGGUGUAUAACGGGUGACAUAACAAUUCCCACUGUAGGGUGUAUUGCCAAAUGUAAGUUCAUACACCAUUUAUAGAUUAUGACAUAUGCUUAUGAUUUGUAAAGCGUUUAAGUAGUGCUAUAUAAAGCCUUUAUAAGUUGUACUUUGCAACGGAGCUCCCGAGUGGCGCAUCCUGCUAAGGCACUUCACCCGAAGUGCAGAAGGGCGUCACUACAGCCUGCCGUGAGCAGGAAUUCCAAGGGCGGUGCACAAUUGGCCUAGCACUGUCCGGGUUAGGGGAGGGUAGGGUUGGCAGGGGAUUCCUUGUCUUAACUUGCUGUAGCGUCUUCUUGUGGUGGACUGGGCGCCUGCAAGCUGACUAGGGUCAUCAGUCGAACGGUGUCCCCUCCAACACAUUGGUCCAGCUGACUUCCGGGUGUGUAUGAGAAGCUGCGUGUUUGUCCAAUCCUCACCUCUCCCGAGCCCGUUGGGGAGUUGCCGCAUUGAAACACAAUUGGAAUCCACAAAAAAUGUUUAAUUUCUAAACGGUAAAACAGAUAAGAAUAAAAAUCUCAAAUCCAAAAUGAGUAUAGAGACAUUUUUUAGCUUCACUGUCCAAAUACAUAUGGAGGGGUGUGUAUGACCAUAGCUGCACCGGUUUCAACGGGACAGGCCAAAGUGUGCUCUGUCUGUGGCAGACAGUGUGCAUCCCGGAUCUGAUUAUACAGUCAUCAGUGAACCCACAAGCAGUAGUUGAAGUCAUCAUCAGAUGUGAUGGACUACCUUAAGCAAGCAGCAAAUGUGUGUAGACGUAUUUAUUUUUACUGUGCGUGUGUGUUUUAUUUUACUGUAUGCGUGCAGUGCAUGUAUGUUUGUGCACCAGCCCGUCCAAAGGGCAGCGGGGCCCAGUCUGUUACAGGGAGGUUAUUGACUUUUGCCGUAUUGUAGUAUUGAUCCACUUCCUGCUUGUAACUCAGGGGAUGGAGCCUGCUGACCUUAGAGACUGCAGAGGAUGAACCAUGGGUUGAAGACACUGGUGUCAAACACAAUUCCUUUAGAGCCGCAGUCAGUGUCUGCUUGUUUUCGGUCUUUAAAAAAAAAAGUUUUAAGGAUCUAGACCUGCAAGAAAAAAACGGGGUCGUGUUCACUUGGCAUGAAACUGAAGAAAACGGAAAGGAAGUGAAACUUUUUGAACUUGUCCAUUAAGAAACACUGAUUAAUUAAUUAAAAGGGAGGAAUCAAUACCAACAGACACUGCAGUGCUGAAUCUAAGGACUGGAGUUUUACUCAUGUGGUUUAGGAGUUCAAAAACGCAUUCCUUACCCCAGGAUACUUCAUAAGGUGACUCUCCAGUAAAAUUAAAGGAAAAGGAGAGCCCCGUGUCUGCACUGAUCUGAUCAUUUUAUUUAGGGAGACACAAACCGGCUUAGGAUGCCUUCAUUAGAGUCUCAUCAUGGUCUCUCGUUAUGUCUCCCGAGUGGCGCAGUGGUCUAAGGCACUGCAUUGCAGUGCUAGCUGUGCCACUAGAGAUCCUGGUUAGAAUCCAGGCUCUGUCGUAGCCGGCCGCGACCGGGAGACCCAUAGGGCGGCGCACAAUUGGCUCAGCGUCGUCCAGGGUAGGGGAGGGAAUGACCGGCAGGGAUGUAGCUCAGUUGGUAGAGCAUGGCGUUUGCAACGCCAGGGUUGUGGGUUCGAUUCCCAUGGGGGGCCAGUAUAAAAAAUGAUGUAUGCACUCACUAACUGUAAGUCGCUCUGGAUAAGAGCGUCUGCUAAAUGACUAAAAUGUAAUAUAAAUGUCUCUCAUAGCAAGUGCUCAGACUUCAAGAGUUACUGUGGCGCUGAUAGUUCAGAGCCUUAUGUACAGUAAAUGGGAUUCUUUUAAAAUGUGUGUUGUUGUAUUCAUGUUGCCUUUAAUUUAAAAGUUUGUCACAUAAAAAAAAAAGCGUCUUAUUGAUUCUUGCUUGAAACUUCUGGGGAGUUGAAAAUUGGUUAGUGCUAUCCGGGAUCUUUGGGAUGUCCCUAACCCUAACUUUAACCCUUACCUAAUCGGAAGCAUUGUAAAGUUAAACUUCAAUAAGGUAACGUCAGAGUUGGGACGUCCCAAGGAUGCAGGAUAGCAAGGACCGUUGAACAUGGUCAGAGGGUUAGCUAAAUUACUAAUAUGUGAAAACGUGUAAUGUAUUCAUUGAACCACCAGGGGGUAGUGAGCUAUUUUACUGUUCAGUAGCACUGAGUGAGUACUGGAUUACCCUCAGCCAAGCCGUCUCACAAAAUAGAAACCAAGUCAGACUUAUACAGUAGUGCAUUCCAAAUGUAUUUUCAUAUUGUACACAAAACACCUGAUAUAAAUGUAAGAACAACAAUUGUUAAAAGCACAACAAGAUAAUCGUAUAUAGCCAUUGAAACGUCAGUAAAAACCCACAUUCACACAUUCAGUCGUGCAUUAAGAGACAAAUAUAAGAAACAUGACAGAAAACAAACAUAACAAUACAGGGAAAUCACCUCAAUAAUAAAUAAAGUAAUAAUAAUUAUACUUUUUUUAAUCAAAUACUUUUUUGGGGCAGGGGAUAGUUAUAUUAGGGAGGGGACAACUUUUUUUUGUCAAUACUGUAUUGCAUCAUGCAACAACAUGGAAGAACUUCUGUAUUCAAAAUAUUAUCAGUGUAUGUCAUGUUUGGGAUGCAGUGAAUGUGUUUGUCCCAAAUGGAACCCUAUUCCCUAUGUAGUGCACUACUUUUGACCAAGGCCCAUAGGGCUUUGGUCAAAAGUAGUGCAUUACAUAGGGAAUAGGGUUCCAUUUGGGUUCAAAUGACAACAAUACAAACAGGAUAUCUGAUGUUAGAUAUUUGUGUGCCGGUAUUGGUGUAGCAUAGGCAUAUUAUUACCAACAUAGAUCUCAAUUUGUUAUUAAAAUAACCAUGAAAGACAUGGAAAUCAAUCAAAUCAGCUGAACAAGAGAAGUAAAAGAGCCCGUAGACUAAAACGUGCAGAUGAAAUCAGAUAAAAUCAGAGGUAUGAUGUUGAGUUGUGACAAGAGGCCAUAAGGCAACAAGAACCACAUUCCCCAUCCCACUGACAAACGUCUCCAUCUAACUCAGCGUUUCCCAAACUCGGUCCUAGGGGUGCACAUUUUGGUUUUUGCCCUAGCACUACUCAGCUGAUUCCAAUAAUCAAAGAAACCCUGAUCUAACUUGAAGGGACCAUCUACACCAUCACUAGUCUAUUCCAUAGCAUAAUGGAGAUGUGCUUAAUAACAUCCAGGCCUUGUAUUGUACAGUGGGGAAAAAAGUAUUUAGUCAGCCACCAAUUGUGCAAGUUCUCCCACUUAAAAAGAUGAGAGAGGCCUGUAAUUUUCAUCAUAGGUACACGUCAACUAUGACAGACAAAAUGAGAAAAAUAAAUCCAGAAAAUCACAUUGUAGGAUUUUUAAUGAAUUUAUUUGCAAAUUAUGGUGGAAAAUAAGUAUUUGGUCAAUAACAAAAGUUUCUCAAUACUUUGUUAUAUACCCUUUGUUGGCAAUGACACAGGUCAAACGUUUUCUGUAAGUCUUCACAAGGUUUUCACACACUGUUGCUGGUAUUUUGGCCCAUUCCUCCAUGCAGAUCUCCUCUAGAGCAGUGAUGUUUUGGGGCUGUCGCUGGGCAACACGGACUUUCAACUCCCUCCAAAGAUUUUCUAUGGGGUUGAGAUCUGGAGACUGGCUAGGCCACUCCAGGACCUUGAAAUGCUUCUUACGAAGCCACUCCUUCGUUGCCCGGGCGGUGUGUUUGGGAUCAUUGUCAUGCUGAAAGACCCAGCCACAUUUCAUCUUCAAUGCCCUUGCUGAUGGAAGGAGGUUUUCACUCAAAAUCUCACAAUACAUGGCCCCAUUCAUUCUUCCCUUUACACGGAUCAGUCGUCCUGGUCCCUUUGCAGAAAAACAGCCCCAAAGCAUGAUGUUUCCCCCCCCAUGCUUCACAGUAGGUAUGGUGUUAUUUGGAUGCAACUCAGCAUUCUUUGUCCUCCAAACACGACGAGUUGAGUUUUUACCAAAACGUUCUAUGUUGGUUUCAUCUGACCAUAUGACAUUCUCUCAAUCCUCUUCUGGAUCAUCCAAAUGCACUCUAGCAAACUUCAGACGGGCCUGGACAUGUACUGGCUUAAGCAGGGGGACACGUCUGGCACUGCAGGAUUUGAGUCCCUGGCGGCGUAGUGUGUUACUGAUGGUAGGCUUUGUUACUUUGGUCCCAGCUCUCUGCAGGUCAUUCACUAGGUCCCCCCGUGUGGUUCUGUGAUUUUUGCUCACCAUUCUUGUGAUCAUUUUGACCCCACGGGGUGAGAUCUUGCGUGGAGCCCCAGAUCGAGGGAGAUUAUCAGUGGUCUUGUAUGUCUUCCAUUUCCUAAUAAUUGCUCCCACAGUUGAUUUCUUCAAACCAAGCUGCUUACCUAUUAUCCCAGCCUGGUGCAGGUCUACAAUUUUGUUUCUGGUGUCCUUUGACAGCUCUUUGGUCUUGGCCAUAGUGGAGUUUGGAGUGUGACUGUUUGAGGUUGUGGACAGGUGUCUUUUAUACUGAUAACAAGUUCAAACAGGUGCCAUUAAUGCAGGUAACGAGUGGAGGACAGAGGAGCCUCUUAAAGAAGAAGUUACAGGUCUGUGAGAGCCAGAAAUCUUUGGAGGGAGUUGAAAGUCCGUGUUGCCCAGUGACAGCCCCAAAACAUCACUGCUCUAGAGGAGAUCUGCAUGGAGGAAUGGGCCAAAAUACCAGCAACAGUGUGUGAAAACCUUGUGAAGACUUACAGAAAACGUUUGACCUGUGUCAUUGCCAACAAAGGGUAUAUAACAAAGUAUUGAGAAACUUUUGUUAUUGACCAAAUACUUAUUUUCCACCAUAAUUUGCAAAUAAAUUCAUUAAAAAUCCUACAAUGUGAUUUUCUGGAUUUUUUUUCUCAUUUUGUCUGUCAUAGUUGACGUGUACCUAUGAUGAAAAUUACAGGCCUCUCUCAUCUUUUUAAGUGGGAGAACUUGCACAAUUGGUGGCUGACUAAAUACAUUUUUUCCCCACUGUAUAUGACUUGUAUUCAGCAUGUGUCAUCUCAAUGGUGUGUUAUGGUGUGUUGGUUUGAAUCACCCUUAUACACAUAGAAACAUACCGGUAGUGCAUCCUAUCCUGUGGCAAGUCAUCCCCAUUUAUACCUGGUGCUAACAUGUGUCCUUUGUCCUGAUCCUGUCCACAUUUGGAUUGUGCCCACAUUUUUAGACAGACGAUUAAAAUACGCAUUGUUAUCUGAUUGUGAUCAGAUCUUAUAAGUGUAAACAGUCAAGAUCAGGAAAAUAUCAGGAAGAGGGAAGCACGUUAGAACCAGGUAUAAACAGGGCUCUAGAGAGCCUAGACAUGCUGCAUGUUCGCUGAGUUCCAAAUCGACCCCUACCCUCUACCACCUCGGCACUACGGUAGAUCUGAAAGGUUUAGAUAGGAUCCAGAUCAAUAUGGUCAUUGCUUCCCCCUUGCUUUCUGAUAAGCUAGGUGGAGUUCCCUCCACAUUUCUGGACUAUCCAAUCCUCUCAGAUCUCCAGGAAUGCCUAGGUGGUAGGGGGCUAGAGGGAUGAUUUGAUCUGUGUCCUGAUUCUCCACACUUCUCCCAAAGUGUGCAUUUGCACACUCCCCAUCAUGGAUUUAAAAGCACUGGAUCGAUGUAAGCAUUGCCUUGAGGGAGUUUCCACUAUUGAUAUAUCCAUGACUGGAAGUCUGCAAGUGCACACUUUGGGAGAAGGGUGAAGAAUUGGGACUCAGCCUUGUGUCUCAGUAGAUGUGUGGCCUUACUCAUGACAUACGGAUCUUGGGAGCUCAUUGGUCAGUAUGUGCCAGCGCUCCACCCUCUGUCCCUUGUUCUUAAGGCAGUCCAUCCAAUGGCAGAGGGGGUCUCCCUGUGAGUGACAGCUCAGGCACACUCCACCUGUAAACAUGACAAACAGUGUCACCAUGGGAACCUUUCAGGAGUUCAAAGUCCCAAUGGAAUAUCUGCACAAAAGUUUGGCUUCUGUGGGCAGAGGGAUGUGUGAAGUCGGGAUUUGACUCUCUCGCCAUCUCUCUCGCUCUGUGUGUGUAUGCGUGCGUGCGUGCAAAGUGAAGUCUCACCUAUGAAGUCAUUGGAGCGUCCCAAGUCGUAGUCCCAGACAGUGACCUCCAGAGUCUUAUUGGACAGCUCUGACAUGGAGAUCUCAUAAAAGAACUCCUGUAGGGUGCGAGGGAACCACAGGAGAGCCCAUUCAGUAGGAGUAGGAGGAGGUUACCACUGGACACUGAUCUAUGGUCAGCUUUAGUGUUUCCCCUGUAAUAACUAAAGUUAGGAUUUGUGAAGGGCAAGCUGAUCCCAGAUCUGUGCCUAAGAGUAACUUCUACUCGUAGCUGUGACAUUACUUACAGAAGUACUGUAAAUCUAAAUGGGAAAAAACUAAACCACACACAAAAACAGGGCCCGUAUUCACAAAGCGUCUCAGAGUAGCAGUGCUAAAGCUAUGAACAGACGGAAUUUGAUCCUAGAUCAUCACUCCUACUCCAAUACCUAUACUCCAAGCAACUUUAUGAAUACUGAACCUGAUGUCCCUUGUUAUGCAAAACGCUUCCAAUGUUGAUACAACUACUCCUUGGUCGCAUGACAGGGAGAUGUAUGGGAGGUCAUUGAGAAAUAGGUGACGUCACGACCAUAGCUUUAGCAAUAAGUGAUCUGGAGACAUACAGUACAGUAUAUCCCAUCCAUUAACAACCAGAUAUGAGCGGGAGCACUAUCAUCAGACGGGCCUAUAACUCAGCCUUAUAUUGUCUCCACUUGCAGUUGAAUUUAGGCAGUUAUAGGUUUCAGACUAGCUACAACCCUGCAAUUAUAUCAAUGCCCCAUCAUAGUGUACAUUACUUCUGAGUGAAUAGAAAUAAAAGGCUUGGUGUUAUUACUUCUCAAUGCCCACGCUGUAGAAUGAGGGGGACAGAGAGGGAGGGAGGUAGGGAGGGAGGGAGGGAGGGAGGGAGAGAGGGAGGGAGGGAGGGAGGGAGGGAGGGAGGGAGGGAGGGAGGGGGGGAAAUAAAUAUAUAGAUGAGAGAGCCAACCAAAGGACCUUCCUGAUAUGCUUUCUGUAAGUCUUUGUCAACACAUUGAUGUGUCAGUUGUAAAAGUGUUCAGACGAUUGCAAAUUAUUAUCAAUUGUUAUAAUUCAAUUCAGAGGAAAGGGGAUGUAGUACUGAUAGAGAGAGAAUGAGGGAGAGAGAGAGAUUUGUCUAUGAAAAGGGAAGAGGGUAGAUGAGGUGAUGAAUACUGUAUACUAGAGGAGGGAGAGCGAGAGAGAGACAGAGAGAGGAUGACAGAUGAGGAGAGUGUGGGAUAUUGGACUGGACAUCUCAUUAGCAUUGACAUUAACAUUGACCCCCAGAAAGAGGAUUGUGCCAGUCUCCCCUGGAGACCCAGCAGGGAUAUACCUCAUUGAAUUCAGGGUUAAGGGUCUUUUUAAUCACAGCCGUUUUGUGUUUGGAUUUCUUCUGUGUGUCGGGCUUCAGAUAUCUGAAAGAGUGAGAGAUAGAGGGGUAGGGGAGAGAGAGGGAGGGAGGGAGGGAGGGAGGGGAGUGAGAGAGGGGAAAAAGAGGGUAGGAGGGACAGUAUCAUAGAUUGACGCACAAACACUCAAUCCCUCAAAUGCAUGCACACAGGUGUGUCUCUCAGGCCUUUGUGGUGACAUCCCACUGACUGCUGAUAAAAUGUUGAUAUGUUUCCUAAACAGUGGGUAGCACACAUACACACACACACAUAAAUACACAAACACACUCGCACACACAUCAAUACUCACUAACAUGUACUUGUACACACACACUGUCACUUGCAUAAAAAACACACACGCACAGUGAGAGACUUAGCUUUGAUCUGUGUGAGAGACAGAGUGUGGGUGACAGUGUGUGUGUGUGUGUGUGUGUGUGUUUCUGUGUGUGACAGAGUCUAUGCAUGUGUGUGUGACAGAGUGUGUGUGCGGGGGCGGGGCGAUAGUGAACUGAGCUCUCGUCUGUUCCUGUGCCAUUUUGCCUAGGGAGGAAUAAAUGCUUUGGAACAUUUUACUGAGAUGACACAAGGAAAACAUUUAAGAGGAACAUGAAUGCUACAUUUAAGAGAAACAUGCUCUAUUCCUUUCUCUUUAUCACACUGAUGCUCUCUUGCCACCCACACCAAGUGAUGGUCUUCUUGGGCCCCAUUCAAUUUCAGUCUCUUGGUGCUUCCAAAUCUGAUAGAACUGGAAAUUGUAGUUGGUCUAGAUUCAAGUAACAUGGUGAUGCUCCAGCUAGCCUUCCAACAGGACAAUAAAAGCUUCCACUGUAUUGAUUUCCCGACCAACCAAUGCCAAAAAGGAAGGAGUUAGGAGAAGGUGAAAGGAAUCCUAAUGGAACUAGGCCCAGGUCAUCUCUCCUACCCAUAUUCAUUCCUCUCUCUUCACUCUUUAACCUAUUCAAACUCUCCUCUCCUUUCAUCUGAAAACCCAGUACCUUCUUUCUCUGUCUCGUUCUCGCUUCCUCGCUCUUUCUCUCUCUCUUUGAUUUUCAAUGCUGCCAGCCACAUGGUUUGAACACUUUACUUCUGUCUGCAUUUGGGCUCAAUUAGGGCUGGUUCACCACCCAUCUUAUCCAAUUUUCUUGACAAUAAGACUUUGCUGCGUUUGAUAUAUUAUACUGUUAACUUGUCCUUUAUACCCUCCUCUCAAUCUCCAGCUUCCUUAAUUCCUGCUUGGCUUGAAUAAUAAUGCCUAAAGCUGAAGUAAAACUAACCCCCUCCUUCUAGUCAGACAUCGUUGAGAGCCAGAAUGAAGAUAUUAGGAUGGAAAGGAGAACGGAUAUUUAAGAAUAUAUAUUUUUUCUAAAGUCGAGGUCGGUUGUCAGUCAUCUCUAGUGUGCAGUGUUUAUUGUUUAGUGUUGACGUUUUGGCAGCGAGGCCUUUUUCAAGACUAUAGGGCUCUAUUCAAUCCGUAGUGCUGAAGAUCCACUUUAUAGCGUGAUUGACAGUUAAAGGCUAUGUUCCCACGUUCGCGGAGACUGCAUUCACAGUAAACGCUGCAUGUCGACUCAAUCGGAAAUUACCUUUACAUUUUUAUGAGGAUCUUCGGUGAUACGGAUUGAAUCCAGCCCUUAGUCUCACAACAACUUCCUGCAAUGACAUCUAACAGUCUAUUAUCUUCUCCGUGAUCCUUGGUUUUUCUGUAGUACGUUACAGGAGAUUCACUGCUAUUUCUUAUUUCUUUAAGAGUCUAUUGACGUACCCAUGCGUCAAUCUAAGUAACAUAAUAAAAAAAUCCCAACCAAAAUCUAUCAAUUUAAACUAGAGAUAUCAGGUUUUCAAUCCAUCACAUCUGCCUAUGUGAGCCUUCCGCAUCUGGUUUGUCAGACCAUGAGACAUCAAAAACGCCUGUAGUGUCCGAACUGUUUGGCCUAUAAACUAAAAUGAGUUAAGUCGUACAGAUAUAGCCGUAGCAGUAAUGCCUUUCCUUCAUGAUGUAACAACUCAUGUCUGAUUUGUAUAGUUUUUGACGUGGACACACACAAACACAAAGACAGACACACGCUUACGUUUUGACGUAGGGGUCUGAGAAGCCGUUGACGUCCAUGGCGGCCAGGUGA